AAAGAAGAGCAUUUCAUGACAUCCUGGCCAAGCUAAACCUGGAGCGGCACAGAAGCAGGAAGCUCAGGCUGAACAAUCUCCAGGAAAUCAGCACAGAGAGUGUACAGAUCUGGGCUCCCCACACAUUAGGAGAUUUACCAUGGCAUUUCCUGAGGAAGCUCAUGGCUCUGAGUGGGAUGGCCAGAAACACAAGUCUUGGGCAUCAGGCACCAGAUGAAGGAAUCAGUGAGGAUGAGGAGGAGCUGGAUAGUGGGGACAAUAUUUUCCAACGUAGUGACCCUGGCACUACUGAUUCUCUGAACCCCCUCGAUGUUCUCUGUGCAGUUCUGCUUUGCUCAGACAGUUUCCUACAGCAGGAGAUCCUGUCCAGAAUGUCCAUGUGCCAGUUUGCCCUCCCUCUGCUGCUACCUGCCCUCGACACCCCCAGGUGCAUCCUAAUGCUGUGGGCCGUGAGGGACAUUGUGAGGAAGUGGAGGCCGCACUCCCUGGCAGAGAGCAGAGGGUUCAGAGAGGAGAGCCUGGUGCUCAUGUCCGUGCCAACUAUUUCCUUUGUGCGGAUGGGGAGCUGCAGCUUCUCCAAGUCCAAACUCCUCAAUGAGGUUCUCAGCCCCUCCCAGCAGCACCACGAUUUCUUCAUCCAUCGGGACAUGGAGUCUGGGAACGUCCCUCGGGAAAUCGCAGAUGGGCUGGUCGAGAUUUCCUGGUAUUUCCCUGCUGGGAGGGAGAAUUCAGAUCUUUUCCCAGAGCCCAUCUCAAUUACAAACCUGCGCGGAGACAUUGAGUCUCACUGGCUGCAAUUUAGCUUUUUAACAGUGGUCUCCUCAGCAGUGUUCAUUGUUACUGAGAGCAUCAACGAGAGACAAUACACGCUCUUAUCAUCUCUGCAGGGAUCAGCCACUAAAUACUACUUCAUCCUCAGUGCCCUGGCGGACAAACACAGUGAGUCACUUGAAGAACUUGCAAAGUUGGCUCCUGUCUUAAAACUGGACAAAUCCCAUGUGCUGGAGAAUGUGAACACCAGAACUAACAUGCAGCUUGAAAAGAAGCUUCAGUCCACCAUAGGCAUCCUAACGAUGUCUCCUAACAAGAGUAUCAGUAUUGCAGCCAUGGCUGUGACGGCACGUAAACUAGGAAUCCAGGUAGAUGAAGUUGAUGAACAAUGUCAGAGCACAAGCAACUGGGCUAAAGAAAUCACUGCAGAAAUACAAGAUGUGGCAAAGUACAAGAGGGAAAUGCUGAGACUGCAAGGGGACAUUUGGAAAACGGGGGUUAAAUUAGAAAAGAAGCUGUGUAGAAUGAAUAGGGAGGCAUCCACGGAGACCCAGGAAUCUCAUCUGCGUGAGAAAGUGUUAGAGUUACAAGCGCAAUGGAAUCAAUGUGAUAUCAGUGUUGGUACCAUGAAAUGUAUUACUGGAAUAGAAAAACUUUCGAAAGUGGAAGUCCACAGCUUCCUAAAAUGGAUGAGAUUUAAUCUGGAGAACAUUAGUAGGGGGAAUAAAAAACUCUCUCUAAUGGAAAAUAAAUAUAAAGAGAAAUAUAAAACUGGAGGCAGUUUAUCAGAACUAGAUGAAUUAUUCUCUGCCAGAUCCUUACGGGUAGAGCAUUUCAUGCGUGAGUUGGGGCAGUUUUAUGAGACAGAAUGCACAAAGGUCAAAGAAGGAAUAAAAGCAAAUUGGCAAAGGCGAUUCAUCCAUCUCCCAGAUAUAGCUGCUGACCUGAUGCUGGAAGGGUUUCCUCUUGAGCUGAUAGAUGGAGAUUCAUCCAACAUCCCACUGCAGUGGGUGACAGAUGUUCUGACUCAGCUCCAUGCCAAGGUGGGGGGAAGGUCCAGAAUGGUGGUUCUAACAGUGCUGGGCAUGCAAAGCACUGGGAAAUCCACCCUCCUCAACACCAUGUUCGGCCUGCAGUUUGAAGUGAGCAGUGGCCGAUGUACCCGAGGAGCCUUCGUGUCAUUUGUUAAAGUUGCAGAGAACUUUCAGCAGGAGCUGGGCUGUGAUUUCAUCCUGGUGAGAGAGACAGAAGGCUUGAAAGCCCCUGAAAUGCCCACACUGGAGGAUAGUUAUGAACAUGACAAUGAGCUGGCCACACUGGUGAUUGGACUGAGUGGCAUAACAAUUAUUAACAUGGCCAUGUCGAACGCCACUGAAAUGCAACAUAUUCUGCAAAUUGUGGUCCACACAUUUCUCAGAAUGAGGGAAGUCAGGCACAAACCUUACUGCCAGUUUGUGCAUCAGAACAUCAAAGAUGUGUCUGCACAUGAACAAAAUACUAGGGAUAUGAACCGUAUCCUGGGGCAGCUAAAUGAAAUUACCAAAGCUGCAGGAAGGAUGGAAAAACAAUGCAGGGAAAUUAAAAUUUCUGACAUCAUGGACUAUGAUCCACAGAAAUACAAGUGGUACAUCCCUGGGCUAUGGCAUGGUCCCAUGGCACCAGUGAAUAUAGGAUACAGUGAGAGUGUAUGCAAACUAAAGAAGUAUUUGUUUAAACUUAUAAGGAACUAUUCACUGAGCAGCCCCCGUAAGGACAUUCCCCACUUUAUUAAAUGGGUGAGGAGCCUGUGGAAUGCAGUGAAACAUGAGAACUUCAUCUUCAGCUUUAAAAAGAGCCUUGUUGCUGAGGCCUAUAGCCAAAUGUCUGGUAAGUUUGAAGAGUGGGAAUUGAAACUCCGUGAGCUGAUGAUUUUCUGGGUAACUUCAAUGGCAAAUAUUAUUCAAAGUCAGACACCAGAUAAAGUGGAUUUUGGUAUCUUACAAUGUAAUGUUCAGGACCAUCUUGUAUUUGCUGAACAGAAUAUUUUGGAUUGUUUAGGAAAAUAUUUUGACAUUGGAGAGGAACACCUGAUGGAAAAAUACAAAGAAGACUUUAUCAGGCGCACAAGCAGCCUCAGGCAGGAACUUGAACAUUAUGCAAUAAACAAGUUGGAGGAAUCCAUUUAUAUUAGAAAAUACUGGCUCAAGGUAGGGUUUCUAAAGUUGGAGUACAUGAAAACCAUUGAAGAGAAUCUAGACAGACUCGGGAGAGACUGCAGGAGAAGACAACAGAAAUUAGACAAUAGGGAACUGGAGAGUGAAUUUGAAAUAAUGUGGAGAAAAACUUUAUCAGAGUUACCGUUUGCAUUUUCACAGGAAUGUGCCAUAACUCAGGAGAUGAUGUUCCAACUCGCAAAGGAUCUGAGUAAUGGAGCAACUGUUGAUACUUUGGCAUCCGUAACCAUGAAAACCUUGUUGAGUUGUGAAACCAAGUCAUUCCCAAUGAAACAGCAGUACUUAGACUUGCCAUGUUUUAAAGCUCUGAUUCCAUGGUUUACACAGGAAUGCUAUCAUAGACUAGAAGUACUGGCUAAAUCCUUAAUGGCCAAGUGCAUUACCCACUUCUUCAGUUACACUGAAGCAAAAGUAAGGUCCAAAGCAGGCUACGAUGAAACCUACUUCAGAGAACUGCUGAAUAUGGUUAAUAAGAGGCUCCAAGAGGAGGAUGUUCGGAAACUUCCCACUACCCUUUCCUUUGAAACUGACCUGAAAUUUCACAUUUUGUGGAAGGCGGCUUAUGCAUUUCAGAAGAUGAAUAAAGAUUUUAUCAAAGGAAAUUAUCCUCAGCAACAUGUGGAACAGCUGAAACCUCAGUAUCUCUCCAUAUUUAAAUAUCUUUAUUUGGAGACGGAUUCCUGUGAAAACAGGGUCCAGGAUUUCUGUGAUCGGUGUCUGAAACCUGCCCUGAAAGAUUAUGUUAAUAACAGACUUGGAAUGGAAAUAGUGGAUGACUUUCUCAGCAGGGGGAAGUCCACUGAAUACCGCAGCCGGAGUGUCUUCCACUUCACAGUGCAGAAGAAGCUGCUGGAGGAGAUGAACUUUGACAACUAUGUAGAAUACAUUAAUAACUAUGAAAAAAUUGUGAAAUCCUGGACAUGGAGAUGUCUGUUAGAUAACUACUACCAGUCGGAGGGCUUGCAAGAUUUGGAGAAAGAGAUUCUGUCCACAAUAAUAAAGAAAAUCAGGGACGCACUGGAAAUGACCAAAGAUAAAAAGACUAGAACAGUCUGUGCAUUUUUAUUCCAUUUUUGUGAGAUGAUACAGAAGGACCUAGUCAUCCCCAGUUACAGUUUAGUGGGUGUAUGGGCUCUCAACACAACAGACACUGGGAGUUUCUUUGCUUGUAUUCAGUCCUUCCUUCCUGAUCUAGAACAGCAAAUCUUAGCUGAAUUUCAAGAUUUGGAAGUUGAGUCUAAAUUCUCCAGUCUGUCAGUGAAGCCCCAGGAUGAAAUCUUUAAACGAGUGUUUGGCUGUGGGAAGCAGUGCCCAUUCUGUAAAGUCCCUUGUGAGGCAGACAGCCGUCAUCACAGGGAGCAUUUUGCAUCAGUGCAUCGGCCACAAAGACUACAGAGAUUCGGGAAUAGCCAUGCUAAAAA